AUGUCCGAAGCUGAAACUUCAUCUAUUUUACCAGAAAAUGGUAAACCAGCAAAAACUUUUAAGUCAUCAAUUGGUGUUGCACUUUCAUGUCUAGGAGCUGCUGUUGGAACUGGGAAUAUCUGGAGGUAUCCACGUAUUGUUGCGAACAACACAGGCGAUGAUGGAGCUCUGGCAUUUUUACUCAUAUGGCUGCUCUUCCUUUUUACAUGGUCUAUUCCACUGUUAUUGGUGGAAUAUGCCGCAGGUAGAUACACCAAAAGCGCUGCAAUUAUGACAUUUUAUAAAAUGACUGGUCCAAAAACAAUGUGGUGUGGAGGUUUCGUAGGAUUUGUUAGUUUUGCAAUCGCAAGCUACUAUGCUGUUAUAUGCGGUUGGUGUGGCUAUUAUUUUGUUUACUUUAUUGUAAAUCCUUUGCCUAAUUCACUUAUAAAUAGCCAUGAUGUCUUCACUAUUUUCUCUGAGCACACUUAUUACCCAAUUUUGUUGCAAGCUAUUGUGUUAAUUCUUGGUGGAAUUUGUGUGUUUGCGGGAGUUCGUUCCAUUGAGCCUGUUAUGAUGUUUAUGGUACCUAUAUUAUUGUGCCUAAUGCUUGCAUCAUUCUUUUAUUCACUCACUUUACCAUUUGCUUCUGUUGGUAUUUCCCAUCUUUUUAAAAUGGAUUGGUCCGUUUUUAUUAACCCAAACACCUGGAUAGAUGCUUUAACACAAAAUGCAUGGGAUACUGGUGCAGCACAAGGUAUUUUACUUGUCUAUGCCUCAUAUCUUGGAAGUCAACAUGGUGUGGUGAGGUAUGGUACAACCAUUCCAGCAAUCAACAAUCUUCUCAGUUUAAUAAUGGCAAUAACAAUGUUCUCAACGGUGUUUUCAGUUCAAAUUCAGCUCAACCCCAGCAUCACAGUUAAUGAAAUUUUAAGUGCCUUUACCCUUAAUGGUCCAGCAAACACUGGUUUAACAUUUAUAUGGAUUCCAUUACUUUAUUCAACUUUGUCAGUUGGUCGCGGAAUUACUGUUUUAUUCUUUUUGUGUCUUUUCCUAGCUGGCUUCUCAUCAUUAAUUAGUUUAAUAGAAGCUUCUUGUCAUCAGCUGGUAGAUCUCAGGGUCCCAAGAAAAAUUUCUGUUCCAUUCAUUUGUAUACUUAUGUUUCUUCUUGGUUUGGGAAGCUCACUUAAUGUUCAUUUCUUAGUUAAUCAAGACUUUGUAUGGGGCUCAGCCAUUGUGAUCAGUGGAACUAUGAUCAUGUUUCUUGUGCUUAAGUUUGGUGUCACCAAGUUUAGAAAAGAAGUUGUGAAUGAUUAUGGUGAUGGAACAGACUGGAAGCUACCGAAGCUUUGGAACUGGGUUUUCUGGAUCCUAAUUNNNAUCCAAGUAUCUGGGCUAUUUAUCUGGUGGAUUGUCACUCGAAUUCAAGAUACAAAAAAUGUUUGGUAUAAACUUGAAGAAGAAACCCUGAUGAGUGCCCUGCUGCAAUGGACUGUCACACUUUUAGUUCUAAUAAUUUUAAACUUUUUGUACCUUAAAUAUGCUGACAAUUUUCUGCCACUGAAAUACAUUGUGCCUGGUUUACCAGGAGUUUCCUUUCCCGCAGUGUCGGAAAUUGAGCAGAGUGAACUUUCUCCUCCCGUGCACUUAGAACUUGGAAAUAUGCAAGAUUCUGUUAUUGAUAAUAAUGAAACUAAAAUGGAGAAUCUGCUUGAAAUUCCCAAAUAA